AUGUUCUGCGCGGUCAUCGCCCGCCGGAUCCCAGCAGCUCCUGAUUUCGGCCCCCGGCACGGCGAUAUCGCCUUCGCGGAGCUAUGGGCGCUGAAACGGGCGUUCCUGGACAUGGCCGCCUACGGGGUCUACGACCUGGUCCUACUACAUCAGGCGGUCGAGACCCUCGUGUGCCGCUGCCUUUCCGGGAAAAUGACCCCCGACGAGCAGCAGCGUGCCAUCAUCGCCCUGGAGCACCUCGGUGCUUCCUUCGGCGUCCCGCUGUCUGUGCAGGUCAAGGAGGCUCUGGCGCGCUCGUGCGCCGCGGCGGCACCUGGCGCCGACGACGAAGACGACGCGUGCGCUGGCGAGGGCCCGGAGAACGUGAACGCCGCGCAAUCCACGGCGGCGGUCGAGACCUCCGGGAACGAAGCCGAUGACUUCCGAGGCGGCGAGGAGGAGACCGGUGAGUGUCGGACCGGCGAGCGGGAGGUCGCCGAGGUCGGCGUGGCGGCGCACGCCAUGUGUGCAGACGCCGCGCGUCGAGACGACGUUGCGGACCAGGAAAGAGCAGCCAAUGGAGCAAACAGUGAGGUUGAGAAGAAGAAGAAAAGGAAGAACAAGAGAGACCACGAUGGGCGACGCAGUGAUGUGGAGGCCACGGAGAACGCAGGCGACGAAAAAUACUCUGAAGUGGACGAGGAGUCUCGGGAUGGCGAAAGGGCGGCCGUGGAGGAAGGGAAAGACGAGGACAACGCAGGAAGUGACGACGGCACUGGAAACUGGGAAGGAGUAGUCAAUGGUGAUGCAGUGGACAAAGAAGACGAACUCGCGCAGCAUGGAGGCGUUGGCGGCGAGACAGCCCCAAAUACGAAACGCGAACCGAAGGAGAACGUUAAGAAGGAUGGUGGUCAGGAAGAAGAGGGUCAAGAAAGGAAAGAAAAGAACGAGGUAGGGAGUAAGAAGGACGAGACCGCCAACGAGGAUGAGUCAGCUGACGGCAAGGACAAGAGAAACGCGGUGGAGGCUAACAACGACGGGGAUUCAAGCAAGGCUCGGCAAGCAGAUACCGAGGAUGCCGACACUGAUCACAAAAAGGAACCAGACGUCAACAACAGUAAAAGAGCAGGCAACCACAGGCAGCGGCAACAAGGCGAGAAAGCGUCGGACACUGAGGACAAGACGGACGGGCAGAACGAGCUCAAGAAACGGAGGUCGCCAGCAUUUAACAACUACCAUCUGGAGGAGUGUCCGCCACCUCGACGUGACUGGCCCUGGCGGCUACAACGGAAAAACACGACACAGCGAGUGACACAGCGCAACAUCUACGACAACGGCACCAGCAACAAGCAACAACGUCAGCGCGAGGAGGUCUACCGUGACUACUCUCUGCCCGCUAGCUCGGUGGGUGUGGUGCUGCACCGGGCUCUCGCGGUCCUGCUCUCGCGGAUGAACGUGGUCGUCAUCCUGAGCGAGUCCGAUUAG